AUGGAUGAUGCAACCAAAUCAGCAUUUGAUGUUUUUCUCAGUGGUAUAAUACCACUUGGCUACACGGCGAUAUUUGAACCAAUGCUAAGUGCAAAUGUUAAAAACAAUAUUGAUGAUAUUUUUAUUAUUCUUUAUCUGGUUAUAAUCCCUGCAGAUGACAUUUACGUCAAAAUAGGACUCAAUAUCAAUCUAUUGAUGCUUACUCGUUUGCCAGGAAUAAUUGCGGAGAAUCCGUAUACAGAUCUAGAUAAUAACAUGAACCCAGAUGAAAAAGCAAAUUCAGAUGGCAAAAGGAAACCAUGUUUUAAUAAAAGAGGCUUAGUUAGUAUCAUCCUUUUUGGUAUUAAUGAAGACAAUGAAAAUGUGGGAGAAAACAAUAAUGUGGAAAUAGGAAGGGUAGAGGAGAUUGAACAAACAGAAGAGAAAGGAAAUACA